GAACGGCUUGUUGCGACAUCAAAAUGAAUUUUUAUCUCCAAUUCGUAACUGUGCCCUUUCUUUCUUUCAUACUUUUGAAGGUUUUGCACUGCAUGCAUUACAAUCAUCGCAAGAACUCGAGUGGAUGUAGAGAUCCGCCGAGCUAUCCCCACAAAGACCCGAUAUGGGGGAUUGACUUAUUCAUCCUCACAAUCCAAGCUUUCAGUUCGGGUGAGUAUCUAGACAGGAGCACGGCGCGUUUCAUACAAUUCAAGAGUAAAACAUGGAAAAGUCAUUCUUUUGGAACGACUGUGUAUCAUACUAUUGAUCCAGAGGUAGCAAAGAACUACCAGUCAAUCUACUUCAAAAGCUUUGGCAUCGAGCCUAUUCGAUAUCAUUUGGCUGAGAAUCUCUGGGGAAAUGGAAUUGUGGUCACCGACGGCGAAAAAUGGUCUGCGGUACGCAGCUUCAUUCGGUCCAGUUUUGACAUCGUACAUACGGCAAACAUAGAGAGGCUAGCCUUUCACGUAGAGAAAUUUAUGGAAUUGCUACCUCGCGAUGGCACUACAUUUGAUCUAAUGCCUUUAUUCAAGCGCUUAGUCCUCGAUACCUCGAGUGAAUUCAUCUUUGGUCGAUCAUUGAUGGCGUUGGAACACCCAGACGUUGCAUUCAUGGAAUCAUUCGAAUAUGCGCAACGCGGAACCGGGAUUCGCAUGAUGCUUGGUCGUUUGAAGUUUCUUCACCGUGACGCGCAAUGGUUACAAUCGUGUAAGCAAGUUACCGACUUCUGUGAAGCACGCGUGGAGGAAGCCAUAGAAAGAGUCAAGGAUGGGUCAGAGCGGCGAACAGAGAAAAACCGUUUACGACUCGUCGAUGAAGCAGUCAAGGCUACAACAGAUCGAUAUACUUUACGAUCACUUAUACUCAGUGUAUUCAGUCCUGCUCAUGAUGGGGCUGCAAUCGCGCUUAGCAACGUCUUCUUCCACCUUGCAAGACAUCCAAAGGUUUGGCAUAAGCUACGCGAAGAGGAUGUCAUUCUGCCUUGUGGUGGAGGUUCCACUGGCAGUGAACGUUUGUUCGUCAAGAAGGGCGAUAUUAUCGAGUCGGAUUACCGUGCGAUGAUGCGAGAUCCCGAUUUGUGGGGUACGAAUGCGGAAGAGUUCUUUCCUGAGCGAUGGGAAGUGAUUCGGCCGACGUGGGAAUAUCUGCCCUUCGGUGGAGGGCCCCGACAUUGUCCUGGGAUUAGACUUGUUUUCGUAGAGGCUGCCUAUACUACCGUAAGAAUCUUGCAGGAGUUCAAAUUGUUAGAGAACCGGGAUAAUGAAGUGGAAUGGAAAGAGAAAAUGCGUAUGUCAUUCCAAAGUAAGAACGGAACUCUGGUCGGACUUGUUCCUGUAUAA